AUGCGAGUCAAGCCGUCGGUGUCCAUUCCUCUAGUCAUGGCGAUGCUUCUGCUGGUCCUGCAGUUCCCAGCCAAGACCAACGCCAACUCACUCCGUCGAGGUGGCAUCGUGACCCCAUCCAGCCCAGUGAUUCUCCCCGCUGUGAAGACUGAAGUCCCAGUCCAGCGACAACGCACAGUGCAAGACGAGUUAUCCCAAGUAUUCGCUGCUGCCCCCACCAUCUCAAGCGGCCCCACCAAAGGCAGGAAGGGCACGGGCGACGCGUGCAUCGGACCCGUGUGCGGCCUCGGCCUCUUCUUCGCGUCCAUCGGCCUCACGUUCGUCGCGUGCUUCGUGGUCAUCUACAUCGCCGACAAGCGCUACGACCGAGUGCACAACGCACGUCGCCGUCAGGACAAGUACUACGAGAGCAGUCGCAAGCGCCGUCCGAGCAGCGGACACCUCGAUUUCCGCCGCAACUGCGCGGGCUCGGCACUGCGCUCCCCCACUGCGAUGCGACGUCGUGCAGCGCAGUAG